CUCGCGAGAUGUGAGGGACCGUAGGUGUAGGUGCGAUUCUGGACUGAGCAGAACCCCUGGGGAGCCGGAGCUCUUCUGUCUGUCCGUCUAGCCUCUCUCCUCUCCUCACUGCUCUGCUCUGCUCUCAGUAUCGCUGCUCAAAUGGAAGACUCAAUGGAAAUGGAUAUGAGCCCCCUCCGGCCCCAGAAUUUCCUCUUCGGUUGUGAAUUAAAGGCUGGCAAAGAUUAUCAUUUUAAGGUAGAUGAUGAAAAUGAGCACCAAUUGUCAUUGAGGACUGUGAGUUUAGGGGCUGGUGCAAAGGACGAGUUGCAUAUUGUUGAAGCAGAGGCACUGAACUAUGAAGGCAAUCCAAUUAAAGUAACACUGGCAUCUUUGAAAAUGUCUGUUCAGCCUACAGUUUCUCUAGGUGGCUUUGAGAUUACACCACCAGUAGUUUUGCGGUUGAAAUGUGGUUCGGGGCCGGUACAUGUGAGUGCCCAGCACCUAGUAGCACUGGAGGAAGAUGCAGAAUCAGAUGAUGAAGAAGAAAAUGAUAUGAAACUCUUAAAUACAUCUGGCAAACGAUCUGCUCCUGGAAUUGGUAGCAAGGUUCUAUAGUGAUGAUGACAGUGAUGACUUUGAAGGUGAAGAAAUUGAAGAAAAGACACCUCCAGUGAAGAAAGACUCAGGAAUCAUGGAUGUGAAAAGUGUUGUGAAACCCACAAAGAGCAAGCAUAAGGCAAAGCUGCUCACAUGAAGCAGAAGACAGCACUUGAGGGGGAGUCAAAAGACUUGAGGCUCCAAUCCUGCCUCAGCCAACAAUGAGACCCCAUCACCAGGAGCAAGUCACAACCUAAGCCUGUUACCCCUCAUCCAUCAAGGUGAGGAAGAUCAAAUAGAUAAAUCUCAGCUAGGAUCCUCAUUCAAGGAUUCUAAUUCCUGGCCCUGCCUCUCACUACCCCGCUGUGAGCAUGGGUAAAUUACUGAGCUUUUCUCCAAGCCUGGAAGAAUAAGAUAAUUUUACAGUCUGAUAGGAACUCAGCAGCCAUCUAGUCAAGCCUAUAUACCCCCAAAAUUUUCAUAAUACACUUGUAUUUGUCAAAUCUGAAUUUGCUAUGAGAUCACAGGAACACACAUCCAGAAGUGGAAAGGACCUCAGGGCCUAACUUCAUUUUAUAAGAGGAAAACUGAGGUCCAGGGUGGUAAAAGGACAUGUCAAAGGUCACACAAAUUGUUAAGUGGCAGAGAGCUAUUUUGAAUCCAAGCCCUGACUCCAAAUUCAUCAUUCUUUCCAAUGUACAAUUCUGCCACUCAAGAGGAAGGAGUACAGGGGGAGUAAGAGAGGGUCUGUUCCUCAUUUAAUUCUCUGAGGCCAAAUGAAACAAGCUCAAUCUUUUACAUAAAAGCCACUUAUAUGCUUAAGACAGCUAUUGUAACCUUGUAGCACCACCCACAAAAUCAUCCCUUAAAUAUUCUCUCCAAGCUAAAUCUCCUACAGUACCUUUACCCAGCCCUCAUACAGCAGGGACCAGCCUGGGUGCCCUCUACAUCCUUUCCAGCUGCAACUGUUACCACUCUUAUCAUGACCAGAACUGAACAUAAUAUUUAAAAUGUGAUCUGAACAGGGGAGAGAACCUGAGUACUUGGAGUGUUAUCCAGACUGUAUUACUGAUGGCCUCCCAUUGCUUCUCAAUGCAGCCCAAAAUAUGUUAGCUUUUCUGGCUGCCAUGACACCCUCCUGAUUCAUUGAAUUAAAUCUCCCACAUCUUUUUCAAACUUCUUUCUAACCAUGAUUCUCCUAUCUUGUACUUAUGAAAUUGAUUUUUACUCCAAGUGUAAGACUUUACAUUUAAAUUUUUUAAUUUCAUAUGAGUCAUUUCAAUAUACUUGCCCAUCGAUAUCUUUUGAGACCAAGAUUACUCUCUUCCAACUUUGUGUCAUCUACAAAUCUGAUAAAUAUGUCACUAACUCACUGACGAUAUUAAGAAAAGUGGACAUCUUUCACUCUUUUGUAGACGUGGGGAGCCAAGGUGGGUCCACAGGUGGGAAAUAAUGAGUGUGUCAGAUUUUUUUCAAUGUAGUGAUCACUUUUGCUGGAGUUUUUUCUCUUCUUUUUCUUUUUAAAUCCUUUUUCUAAAUCCUAGGUGGCCCUCUAUAAGAAGAAAGGGGGAAGAUAUCAAGGAAAAUCUAGGUGAUGUAAAAACAAAUUAUAGCAAUAAAUUUUUUUUUAAGUGCAGAACCAAAAAUAGAUCCCUACUCCACUAGAAACUUCCUGGCCAGGUUUCAAUAGACCCACCCUGUAAAGAAAACAAUCUUCAUCCUUCACAGCACUUUGAAAACUUUCAUUAAAGAAAUGUGAACCAAUAUUAUCAUAAGGUAGCAAAUGAUAGCUUAAAAGAUCACUGAUCAGCUUCAGCUUCUC